AGUCGCUCCGCGCAACCCGUGACGGCCGCCCGCGCCCGUUUCACUCACUACGGACCAUGUAACUCACCUCCAGAAUGACGGAUUACGAGAAGAUAAAGGUGGAGUGCCAGCAGCGGGGGCAGCUGUGGGAGGACCCCGACUUUCCGGCUGCGCAGGCCUCCGUCUUCUACCACCAGACCCCGCCCUUCCACUUCGUGUGGAAGAGAGCCAAGGAAAUAUAUACCGACCCGACCUUCGUGAGAGACAACUGCGAUAUAUUUGACGUCGUACCAGGAAAACUAGGCGAUAAGUGGCUGGUGUCGUGUCUGUCAGUUCUGUUUCUGAGCAAGGGGCUGCUCUACAGAGUCGUGCCGGCAGACCAGCGGGUGGACGCAGGAUACGCCGGCAUCUUCAGGUUCCGUAUCUGGUGGUGCGGCCAGUGGCUAGAGGUGCUCGUGGACGACCGGCUGCCCACCGUCAACGGGAAGCUGGCCUUCCUGCAGACCAGCUCCACCGAUCAGCUGUGGCCAGCUUUAUUGGAGAAAGCGUACGCUAAGCUCCACGGUUCCUACGAAGCGCUAAAGUACGGGAGCCUACUAGACGGCAUGGCAGACCUCACCGGCGGGAUCACGGAGUCCCAACUAGUCCGCGAGCUGAGCGGUGGCCACGCGCUCGCCAGCCUACUCCGCGCUACUAGCGUGGUCACUGCACACUACCCUAGCGUGAGUAGAUACAGCGCUAAAGUACGGGAGGCUACUAGACGGCAUGGCGGAACUCACCGGCGGGAUCACGGAGUCCCAACUAGUCCGCGAGCUGAGCGGUGGCCACGCGCUCGCCAGCCUACUCCGCGCUACUAUACAGCGCUAAAGUACGGGAGGCUACUAGACGGCAUGGCGGAACUCACCGGCGGGAUCACGGAGUCCCAACUAGUCCGCGAGCUGAGCGGUGGCCACGCGCUCGCCAGCCUACUCCGCGCUACUAGCGUGGUCACUGCACACUACCCUAGCGGCGUGGAACAGAGGGGCUUGGAGCCAGAAAUGAACUACCGCGUGUACAGCUGUGAAGAUAUAGUGACGGAUGACGGCCUCGUGCAGCAGGUGCGCCUGCGUCGGCCUCUCACGUCGCGGGACUCGCAGCGGGACGAGGCCGACCGUAAAAUCACCAGCGCCGACCGCGAGCGCCUCAGCGCGCCCAGCAUCGAGUUCACGAUGAGUUUCGUCGACUUCCAGCGCCUCUUCCACCGCGUGGAGACGGUCCAUCUGGACGCGGAGACCUCCUGGCCCGAGCCUACCCUCGCGGACAAGAUGAAGUGGCAGGUGAAGAUGCACCAGGGCGCCUGGAGGAGGGGGGUCACGGCUGGGGGCUGCAGGAAUUAUGUCCACUUCUUCCACAUGAACCCGCAAAUCCAGAUAGUGGUCUCCGAGACCGACACGCUCGUGGUGUCCCUCAACCAGCACAGCGUGAUGGAGCCCAAGGUCAUCGGCUUCAGCAUCUACAAGCUGCCGAAGCUGCUCAUCGAGACCGCCACCCCGACCCAGUUCAAGAAGCUCAAGAGUACAGUGAACUCACAGUAUACGAAUAGCAGACAAGUUAGUCACAGAUGCGAUCUCCAGCCCGGUUCCUACCUCAUCAUGCCGACGACCUUCGAACCGCGCGAGGAAGCCAACUUCUCCCUGCGCAUCUUCUCCACCAAGACCAUCAGGAUGAGGGCCUUGGACUCCGCCCCGCAGAUGAUCAAAGCCGCAGUCAUCAGGGCUCCGCCUGGCUUGGAACUAAGCCGAUCAGUCAGCUUUGCGCAGUACGAGGCGAUCUUCCUUCAGCUCGCGGACGAGCACCGCACCAUCGACGCCUUCGAGCUGCAGGAGCUGUUAGACGCCUGCCUGCCGAACGACUACAUCAAGAGCUGCGCGUCCAUAGACACCUGCAAGCAGAUCGUGCUGUCGCUUGAUAAAACAGGCACCGGCCGCAUCAGCCUCGCCAACUUCAAGGACCUGAUGUGCUCGCUGAAGCACUGGCAGAUGGUGUUCAAGGCCCACGCGAGGGAGAAGAUGGGAGUGCUGCUAGCGGAGCGGCUCAGGGAUGCGCUGCGAGAGGUGGGCUUCGUUGUUCCCGACAGGGCCAUGACCCUGCUGCUGCUGAGAUACAUGAGGAAGGACGGCAUGCUGCGGUUUGGAGACUUCGUGUCCACCGUCAUGCAUUUGCAUCGAGCGUUCAACGUGUUUUACACAAACGCGGCCACAUCCAACUACAUAAACCUGAACCUAUCUGAGUGGCUGAAAUGUGCGCUCACCUGUUGA